UUUGCUUUGUUUUGACAGCACUGCGGUUGCUUCGAUCUCAGUCGCAGCGAUGUUGGCAACCAUGCCUACGCCGUUGUAAACAACGAAGGAAACGCGCACAAAGAGCGCGCGAAACGACGUGCGUGGCAACAGCGCGCCGUUGACGACGGCGAAUGAGAGAAAUAGAGCGGAAACCCGAACGACGACGAAGAGUGGAGAGUUUUUUGGCGCGCAACGGACGAGUUUGCGCGAUCGUUCGGAGAAGCGGCAAGUUCAUCGCAAGCAGCCGAACCGGUCGGACGUCAAGUCGAGCGCGUCGCGAUCGUCGGAAGGAAACAUUAUUUAACCUCUAAAAUAAGUUAUGUGUUAGUUAAUAGAAUAGUUUAGAGAAAGUUAAGGUGUUUUUCUAUUUGCUUGCGGUAUUUCCGACCCUCCAGAACUGGUUCCCCAAGUCCACCGGAAGUUUGUGUGAAAAAAUACAGUCCGCUCCGAACAUGGUCCGAACGACCCGGAUAAAUUGAACCAGAAGUGCCGGGAUUUGCGGGGACAGCGAAGGACAAAAGGUGGAGGGUCGAUUCUAGCGUGGCAAGUGGGCACAAGGCCCACAACGUGGAAAAAGUUGCCGCGAAGAAGAGUGAAAACGGACGCCAUCUUGGCUAAAACGUGGUGAAUGGAAAAAAGCUCACAGUGAAAAGGCGACGCCAUUUUGGAAUCAGCCAGAAUGCGUCCGAAGAGCAAGUGUGGAAAGUGCCAAGCGAUGCCAUCUUGGAUGCGUCCAGAGUUUUCUGAAGCCGGAAGAGGUUCCGAAAAGAAGACUCGUGUUUAGUGAAGUUCCGGCCAAGAGGACACAAAAGUUCCCCCAAGUACCGUGAUUUCAGACUUGGCUGAUUUCCGUGCUUGGUUCGGACACUGGGUCCGAUCGUAGGUGUCCCUCUUGUGCCGGAAACUGCCCUAAGGUGCCUGCAGCAACUCCCGGGAGCGGCGCUGAGCAAGGACGCUACGACUCCAGAGAAGAAGAAGCGGAAGUUGCAGGCAGAGAAGGAAGAAGAAGUGGUCCUGGAAGUGAACACCGAGAAGAGGAGCGAAAACCUUCUGCGAACUUGGUCCGGAAGUGAAGACGCUCGAAGUGAGAAGGCUUCGCGAAACUGGUUCCGGAAGACAACGCGAAGAAGUGGUUCCAGAAAAGGUGCGCAGAACGUUUUGGAAAGUGGUUCCGGAAGUUCGGCGCAGAGUGCAAGUAAGCGGGUAGAAGAACCCCAAAGUGAACGCGAACGGUUCCAGCAGCCGUUCCGAGCUCAGUGCCCUGCCAUUGUAGCAUCGGUGGUCAAAGUGCUUCGCCCGAGGAAGCCACCAAAGAAGCUGAGGAACUCGGAGAAGGCGGCCACACCGAAGAAGAAGACCGGCGGCAAGUGCGGUCAACAAGUGCACUGAGUGAUCCCCUGCAGAGCGAGCAGUGUAAAGGAGCUGGCGGAGAUGGAGCGGUUCAGCGACGUCGUCCACCAGCGUGAGCUGGCUCAAGGUAAGCUUGUUACAAUUCUUGACAGCUUAAAAGAUGCCACGAUGCUCACAUGGGCAGCGUUGAAGACGUGCCAGAAGGAAGUUGAAGCCGCGUACGAUGCGUACCACACGGCGUACGGGAAAAAUCUCGGCAUGGUUCCGUCAACCUCACGGGACGAGCAGGAUGCUCUCUACGACGCCUUCGAUGACCUACACACGGAGGUCCUGACUGUCAUCGAAGAGAAGCUGCUAGAAGUGAGCCAGCCCACACGACGAAGAAACGCGUACACGCCUGGUGUACCACAACGGGUGGACGAGACAACGAACCAAACAACCGCUAAGAUCGUCGGAUGCGCCAACGAGACGGCCAUCGACGAACCCCCGAAGCGUUCCGGGAAGCUGCUGGGAAAGCAGCUGGACACGGAAGAUCGGGUACGACCGGAGUUCACCAUCCCGCAUGGUGAACGGUCCGAGAACAACCACAAGAUCGAGAAGCUAAAGACAAUCAUCGACACAUGCAAGAUCGCUGACGAGAGGGACUCGUCACAACCCACCAAGAAGCCACCCGGACAGAACGCUACGGAUGAUCCGGGUCAGCAGAAGAUGGUCUCGACCGCCGGAAGUGAGCCGGCACAGAAGUGCGACGUGUGCGGACUAGGCCAGCACAAGAGCUGGAAGUGUCCGCAGUUCCUGGAGAUGGCAGUCCCCCAGCGGCUGAUCAAGGUUAAGGAGAAGCAGCUCUGCUUCAACUGCCUCCGGGCGGGACAUACCUCAGCGCAGUGUGUGUCCAACGGAGCGUGCGCGACGUGCAAGAAGCGGCACCACACCCUGCUGCAAGCCGAAUACCGGAGAAACCCUAAGCAACCGACAACACAAACGAAGGUGGAGCAACCUGGUGCUCCACAACAAGCCGAAUCGGAUCAAGUGACGCCAGAGGCCAGCUCCUCUGGACAACUAGCGCCGGACGCGCUGUCAGCCGUCGCGGACUCUCAGAAUAAACCCUGCAGCCCACACCCCUGCCGUGGUUUAUUGAUAGCAGCAAGCAAGACACAUUUGACGAAAGACAUCCUGGACAAACACAACGCGAACGAGUUGGCUGGCGUCGAAGAGAUGCAGCCACGUUCCACCACCUCGGCUACUCCUGCGGAAUUCCAACUCGCCGUCAGAGUCAACUUGGUGGGUCUGCGCGAGAUGAGGUUCAGCCAGGUCAUGGAUGGCACGACGGGACGCGGUGCAGCACGUGAAGAAGCGGUUCGGGCUCAAGCCACGGCUUUGAGGACGAACAUAGAAGAACAUGAUGGUGGACCACCCUACAAGGAAGCGAGUGAGGUGAGCGAUCCAACGAAUGCGAAUAAAGAUUACCUGUCGUUCCAUGCAGUAGCACGUACACCAAAGACGACGCUGGCUUUCCUAGCUGAGCGUUUCCUGCUAGAAGGCACUAGAUUGGAAGUGACGAGGUGCAGCAUUUUACUGCAAUCGAACGCAUUGUGGCUCGUGGAGCAGAUGACGGAACGUACAAGAGCGGCAUCGGCACCGUACAAGGCGGCUGCAGUUAGCUUACAGCUGAUGAUCGGUGAGCGGUCGAAGUAUCCUCCAGCUGCAGCACCAACGAACAAGAGGCAGAAGAGUGGCACUAGAGGAAUUCACCCAUACGAGCGGUCGGUGUACGCCGAUCCACUGAAGCGAGUGUCACCAGACGGGACAGAAGAAAGUCCAUGGAGAAGCAGAACAAGAUGCCGGUUUUCGGCAAUCGGCAAGCACCAACAAUCCCUGGAGUACAUUCCACAAGUCGGCCAGGCCUUUUGGCGGCCCCUGCGACUGUCAACUGCGCUGACCGGCACAUUCUGUAAGAACGCAACGAAAUUAAGCCUGGUUUUGGACAACAGGGCGAAAUGGGUUCGCAUCGACUUGCGGAUCCCAAGAGCUCCCGGCGAAGAAGUGAAAGAAGACUUACCUGGCCAACGUACGGCCAAACGUGGAAGGCGAAAGAGUGACCUUUGGAUCGCCUGGAGAUCAACGGCAGUUCAUCGCGGGUGGAGGAUGUUCGAGCCUGAACCUUUCAGCUCGAAGAAAAUUUUGCUUUGUUUUGACAGCACUGCGGUUGCUUCGAUCUCAGUCGCAGCGAUGUUGGCAACCAUGCCUACGCCGUUGUAAACAACGAAGGAAACGCGCACAAAGAGCGCGCGAAACGACGUGCGUGGCAACAGCGCGCCGUUGACGACGGCGAAGGAGAGAAAGAGAGCGGAAACCCGAACGACGACGAAGAGUGGAGAGUUUUUUGGCGCGCAACGGACGAGUUUGCGCGAUCGUUCGGAGAAGCGGCAAGUUCAUCGCAAGCAGCCGAACCGGUCGGACGUCAAGUCGAGCGCGUCGCGAUCGUCGGAAGGAAACAUUAUUUAACCUCUAAAAUAAGUUAUGUGUUAGUUAAUAGAAUAGUUUAGAGAAAGUUAAAGUGUUUUUCUGUUUGCUUGCGGUAUUUCCGACCCUCCAGAACUGGUUCCCCAAGUCCGCCGGAAGUUUGUGUGAAAAAAUACAGUCCGCUCCGAACACUUGUUUUGGAGUCAGAGUUAAGUUGUUACAUUAAAAUCUAUACACAGUUAAAAAACCAUAGAAAUAUUACAUCUGGGAAGGGGUACGUCUUUUAUGUUAGAAAAAUGCGUAAUUUUACUUCUGAAAAUGUGUAAUUUUACCACUUUUCUGGUGUAAUGCAACUUUUUCAGUCUAAAUCGAGGUAAAAUUAUAACAUUCAAGAGGUAAUAUUCAACCAUACAAAAUUACACCUUCCAAAUGUACACUUUUUUACUGUGUAGAAAUAAUUCGAUUAUUAAAAACAAAGUUGAUAAUAGAGUGACACGUGAAAGUGAACUAUUUAAUAAAGCUGAAAAGUAUCUUUCAAGGAACACAAAUAUUUUUUCUUGGUAAAACGUUUAGUCAUGUUUUAAUUCCCGGGCACCUCAUCUUGUUUAGUCAAUUAUUUGUGGCAUUGUUGAAGUGUAAGUGCGACCGCUUGAUCAUGGCCUACUAUGAGAGAAUGUUUCUCUCUUUGUGUGUUUGGUAGCCAGUAGGCGAAGCUAUGUUGAGUGAGUCUCAGCAACGAGACCGUCCCGGCACCCGGCAGCAUAAAAUAGUGAGCGCAGCAUAAAUUUUGAGGAAAAGCGCAACGAAGAGAUCUAAAAACUUCGGGUGAAUAUCGGCAAAAAGAGAGCGGGAGAGCAGUGUUAGUUCCUGCUUUGGUACGCAGAUGACAGAAAAAGUGUUUUGUUUGGAUGUUUCCAUUUCAUUUUGUGCUAUGAAUUACGUGUAAACAAGUGUUAUCAAAUAACUGAGAAAGUUCAAAUUAUUGAAAAGUUCAAUAUUUGCCAAGAGCUACAAGGCUACGCGACGCGGUUUAAGGAUGUUGAACCAGUAUUUUUCAUCUCCCGGUGAGUUUGUUCCGAACUGAAGAGAGAGCCGUCAAGAGAGCAGAGUGUGAGAACUGAGUAACUGAGCUACUUGUCACACGGGCCUCUACUGUAGCUUGUGCUUCAACAAUGAGUGCCAUCACAGUGUGGCCAAACGUCUUCAUUUUUAAUUAUUUCCUUAUUACAAUUAUUCUCACGAUUAUAUUUCAUUAACGCUGAGCGGAUUCGCUAAUUUGAAUUUCGCUUAUGCGAAUGCUCGCUAAAUCGAACGAUUUCGUAUCAAAAAGCAUUCAUAUGUCUUCAUUAGUUUUUGAAGUGAUGUUUGUAUUUCAACCCCUUUGUUUUUAAUUUUCCGAGCACUGUUUUGAUGAUUAUGAUAGCGAAUACGCUCAGUAAUCAUAUUUUCAAUUAUUCUUUUGUUUUAAACCAUAUUUCAUUAUUAUUGUAUUACUUAUAUGAUAACAUUAUAUGCCAUAUUCCAAUCUAUUAACCAAUUUUCCUUUCAGCAUACACACUGCACAAUAUGCCAAAGGAGCCAUCUGGAUCUUAUAUGUUUUAAAUUAUAAUUGUUUAUUUUGCAGCUUUCUGAAAUAUUCUUCAAACGAACUGUUCACUAUUCACUAUAAAUCCUAUUUAUUGUAAUUUCCAUACAAAUCAUUAUCCAAUACUUUUUCCUUCAUCCCAUCAUUCACCCAUACCAUAAAUUUCAUCAAAUUGUAUAAACUAAUGACACUUACAAUUUCAGCAAUGGAACCAUUUGUCCAUUAAAACAAUGUUAUUUAUUUCACAGCUUCCUGGAAUCAACUUUAAAUUUACUACUUAUAUGUAUAUUUUUCUACUAUAAUUUUCAUAUUCCCUCUCCUACUCCUUUUCCUAUAUUGUACAAUUCCCCAAUAUCAAUAUGAUCAAGUUGCAUAAUCUAAUGAAAAUUACAACUUCAGCAACGGGACCGUCUUGUGUACUUGAUUUUUAAUAAUAGUUAAUUAUUUUGCAGCUUCCUGGAAUUAUUUUUAAAUUCAAUGCUUAAUUGUAUAUAAUUUUUCACUAUAUGAUUCAUUUUAAUCCUAAUCCGAUUCCUUUAUCCUACCGUUCCCCUAUACUAUAUAUGACCAAAUUGCAAAAUCUCACGACACUUACAAAAACUGCACAUACAAAACACACACCACAUCAAAACUGAUCCGGAGCGUUUGGUACGGUAUGUCCACGCAUCCUUCCUCCCCUGUAGAUUCUGUGAAAUGUGAUCCGUUCACAGAAUCCUCUCUGCGGUUAAUGCAACGCAGUAGGCCUGGCCGCUUUUAUGAGUGUAAUACGUUUCGGGGAUGCUCGAAUGUACUACAAUCAUUAAUAUUGACAAGAAAGUACAUGGGGCGUAAUCUAAUCACAUGUUCUUCCAGGAUGCUUUCUUCGGACUGGCUGCACUUGUGUUUGAUUAGAUUAGAUUAGAUUAGAUUAAUUCC